AUGUGGAAGCAGAGAGAGAGAGAGAUUGAUCAGUCAAGUGAAGUAAAGCUGUGCAUGCAAGCCAGAUCUUAUGCAAUGGAACAAAAUCAGUCCAGCUCUAGCGGGCUACCCGUUUAUGAGACUAUUCACGAAGGGUUUAGAUGUACUGUCUAUUUGAACGGAGAAGCUUAUAGGUCAGUUAACACAUUUGGGAAUCCAGAAGCUGCAAAGAAGAUAAAAGAAGAAAAUAAAUAUCACCAUAAUCAACAAGGUACUUCUGAUCCAGGGUAUCUUUCAGAAAUUAUCAGAUCCAAAAGCUGGCUGUCUAACGCAUCCCAUGAGGUUGAGGUGCCUCCGACUGUCCAAGAUACUUACAUGACAAUGGUAGGAAGCCCAAGGAGUAAUGGUGGGGGAUCCACGAGGAAAAGGAAACAAAUUCUGAACCCUUCUCCACCGGCACUUUCGGACACAGUACGUUGCAAGUCCAUUCUCAAUGAGUACGAGGUCAAGAUGAAUCUUUCAAAACCUAUUUAGAGCAAGUCUUAUGGUGGAAUCCAUCCAUCUUCCAUCUUCCACGCCACCUCAGCACUUGAAAUUGUG